AUGACUACGAUGGGUUCACCAAAUCAAGCUUAUUUCGCUUCGGAGAAAGACGACAAAUAUGAGCUCACAACAUUACGAACGACAACCAUGACGAUUACUGAUGGAAAAUUUUCUGUGCCUUCUGAACCGGGUUUGCAAAGCACGCCAAAAAUUAAUUACUCUGGAAAUAUUGGCACCAAAAACGAUGGCAUUCAUUUCGGCGACAUAAUGAUGGAUUCAUUGGAAUAUCUAAAAAAGAUGCUUGGUUUUACUCCAGAUUGCCUCAACGGUGGCAUGAAGACAUCAGGGGGAGAAUGUAUUUGUCCCAAAUUCUAUCGGGGUCAUUUGUGCGAAGAAUUAGUUUGUAUCAAUAAUGGUACUUUAGUGAAAAUACCCAAGCUUGUUCCAGCACAGUAUACAUGCAGAUGUCCCCAUCCGGAAUACAUACACGGCCAGCAUUGUGAACAUAUUAAAUGUUUAAAUGGAGGUCGUCCGAUGGACAAUGGACACUGCAAGUGUUUGGAUUCUUGGUAUACUGGACAGUUCUGUCAGGAAUACGCGGCAUCAUGGGCUGCUGUGCUUGGUUUACCUUUAUUAUUCCUGGUAAUUAUGAUUAUCUGUUGCGUUGUCUGUCGUUUGGAUUUAUUCCCAAGGAAGCCUGUACAUUCAAGAAGACGUCGAAGAGCACCGCUAAAUAGAAUAUGCAGUCAGGGCAUAGGUCAUCAACAUCGCGUAAUGGAAAUGAGAAGAGGUAGCAACAGGACAGGAAAUGAAAUUUAUCUACGAAUGCAGGAGGACUUGUUAAAUGAUAAUAAUGGUGAAUCUGUGGUGCUAGGGCCUCACAAUUAUUUUUUGCCAUCGUAUAUAAUUCAACUUGAAGCAAUGCCGGUUUUGAAUCAUAAUUUAUCAACCAAUGCAAAUCCAUCAAAGCCGUUCGAUCCCCCACCCUCUUAUGAAGAAGCGGUUGCGAGAUUUUCAGCAUCACAUCAACCUGUUAGCAGAACUAUUAGUGACGCAACAGUUCGCCCACCUGAAUAUACAUCUUGUCCAUACUCACUGCUACCACAUUCUUUGUCUUCUAAUAUUUUGUGA